AUGGUCGACGCCAAUUUUCGCCACGAACUGAACCAACGACGCGAGCACGUUGAAGACCUAUUCCAUUUUGAGGGCUCAAAGGUUGGCCGAGGCACUUAUGGUCAUGUCUACAAAGCAAUCCCCAAGACCGAAAUGGUCAAACGGAUAUACCCCAACAAGGAAUACGCCCUCAAAAUGAUUGAAGGCAAUCAACAAUUCACAAUGAGUGCCUGCCGAGAAAUUGCCCUGCUAAGGGAAUUGAGGCACCCCAAUCUCAUCCGCCUACAACGAGUCUUUUUGACGAAGGAGCGAAAAGUUUGGCUGUUGCUCGAUUAUGCGGACCAUGAUCUUUGGCAUAUUAUUAAGCACCAUCGAGCGAUGAAAGUCAAGAAACAGCCUCUUAACGUCUCAGCUGGGAUGGUAAAAUCGAUUCUCUAUCAAAUUCUAAACGGGAUCCACUUCCUCCACCAAAACUGGGUGUUACAUCGUGACUUGAAGCCCGCGAAUAUUCUCGUGAUGGGCGAAGGACCGGGCGUUCAGCGUGGCAGAGUAAAAAUUGCUGAUAUGGGCUUCGCUCGUGUCUUCAGCAAUCCAUUAAAACCGAUGGCUGAAUUGGAUCCGGUCGUUGUUACCUUCUGGUAUCGCGCCCCAGAGCUUCUCCUUGGGACUAAACAUUACACCAAAGCAAUCGAUGUCUGGGCGAUCGGAUGCAUUUUUGCCGAGCUUUUAACGGCGGAGCCCGUUUUUUACUGUAAAGAUGAGGACAUCAAAGCGCAAAAUCCUUAUCAUGUGGAACAGUUGAGAAGAAUAUUUACCGUGAUGGGAUUUCCGCAAGAGGCCGAUUGGACGGAUAUGAAGAAGAUGCCUGAAUGGAAGCGGCUAGAUCAAGAUUUUCAAAAUAGAAAGAACACUCCACAAAAUGGCGGCUUCCAAAACUGCGGUCUCGACGUGUUCCUGCGAGAGAAAUAUCGGAUCCCGACGAACAAGCGUGAUUUUAAGUUAUUGCUGAAAUUGUUGCGGUUUGAUCCGACAAAGCGGCUUUCUUGCAAGGAUGCAAUGGAUGAUCCGUUUUUCAAGGAGGAGCCCAAACCGACGGACGAUGUAUUUAAAGGGAUGGAAAUACCUUAUCCAGCGCGAGAAUUUAUGGCCGAGGGUGAUGAAGAGCGGAAGACACAAACGCAGGCACAGCAGUUACCGGAAACUGUGCCACAAAUGGAAUCCACCGAUCCGCCAACAGCUAAAAAAUUACGGAUGCAACAUAAUAAUCCACCGAUCCAAAUGCAACAGCCGAUGUACCAGCCACAACUCCAGCCCGGCCCACCCGGAAUGAUGCAGCAGCCGAUGCAACCUCGCCCAAUGAUGGCCCAACAGCCCGGGAUGCAAAUGUACGGCCAACAACAGUAUCAGCAGCCAAAUGCACAGCCUCCACAGUAUCAGCAGCCGGGGAGACCGAUGCAGCCGAAUGAAUAUCAACACAACCAAAUGAUGAGGCCAGGAAUGGGAUACGAAAAUCCGCAAAUGAUGAUGCAUACAAAUGCAAUGAUGAUGGCGACACAAGGCCAAAGUCUCAUGGGCCCUCAGGGUCAAUACAUGCCCCCUCAAGCCGCUCAACAACCCCAAUGGGCCCAUCAUACACAAUAUCAACAA